AAGCAUUUUAUAGAACAAACUUACCAAAUGUCAGGAAUUUAAUAUCAACUGUUGUAGUCUCUGCUAUUGUCACCUAUCUUCAAGGUUUCCGUGUUGAAAUUCCAAUCAAUAUGGAACCAUUUGAAGGAUCCUCACAAUUAUUUGCAUCAGGUGGUCUUGCAUAUUACAUAUCACCACCACAAGAUGCCAUCAAAGAUCCAAUUCACACAAUGAUCUAUAUUGUUUUCAUGUUAUCAGCAUGUGCACUUUUCUCUAAAGCUUGGAUUAAAGUUUCAGGAUCUUCACGCAAUGUAGCCAAACAACUUAAAAAUCGAGGUGUGGUUAUUACUGGACAUCAUGACUUAUCAAUUUUCAAAGAAUUAAAUAGUAACAUUCCUAUUGCUGCUACUUUUGGUGGUGCUUGUGUUGGAGCCUUAUCUGUUAGUGCUGAUUUACUUGGUGUACUUGGUUCAGGCACAGGUAUAAUUUUGGCAAUCACUAUUAUAUGCUCAUAUUUUGAAAUUUUUGCUAAGGUGAAAGCUGUUGAAGAAAAUCUUGAUGAAUUAUUAUUCUAA